AUGCUGUCAGCACCAUUAAGGUCUGACGUCCCCACAGCCCGCUGCACUCCACGCUGUGAACACCGUCUGUGGAAGACGUCAGCACAGCCCAUUGGACUCCGUGCUGUCAGGACCGUCCGCGUCCGACGUCAGCAGAGCCCGCUGGACAUCGCGCUGUCACCACCAUCCGCGUCCGAAAUUACCACUGCCCGCUGCACACCACGCUGUCAGCACCGUCCGUCUCCUACGUCACCACAGCCUGCUGCACUCCUUGCUGUCAGCGCCGUCAGAGUCAGACAUCACCACAGGCCGCUGCCCUCCACGCUGUCAGCACCGUCCGGGUCCGACGUCACCACAGAACGCUGGACUCCACGCUGUCAGCACCAUCCGUGUCCGACGUCACCACAGCCUGCUCCACUCCUCGCUCCCGCUGCACUCCACGCUGUCAGCACCGUCUGCAACCGACGUCAAUACAGCCCGCUGGACUCCACGCUGUCAGCACCGUCCGUGUCCAAAGUCACCACAGCCCGCUGCACUCCACGCUGUCAGCACCGUCCGUGUCCAACGUCACCACAGCCCCGUGGACUCAACUCUGUCAGCACCGUCCGUGUCCGACGUCACCACAGCUUGCUGCACCCAACACUUAUAGCGCCGUCCGUGUCAGACGUCACCACAGCCCGCUGGACUCAACACUGCCAGCACCAUCCACGUCCGACAUCACCACAGCCCGCUGCACUCCACGCUCUGAGCACCAUCCGCGUAAGACGUCACCACAGCCCGCUGGACUCCACGCCGUCAGCACCGUCCGUGCCCGACGUCACCACAGCCCCCUGCACACCACGCUGUCAGCACCGUCCAGGUCUGACGUCACCACAGCCCGCUGCACUCCAAGCUGUCAGCACCAUUCGCGUCCAACUUCCCCACAGCCUGCUGGAUUCCGCGCCGUCAGCACCAUCCGUGUGCGACGUCACCACAGCCCGCUGCACUCUACGCUGUGAGCACCGUAUGCGUCCGACGUCACCACAGACCGCUGCACUCCACGCUGUGAGCACCGUCCGCGUCCGACGUCACCACAACCCGCUGGACUCAACGCCGUCAGCACCGUCCGUGUCCGACGUCACCAAAGCCAGCGGGACACCACGCUUUCAGCAGCGUCCGCAACUGACGUCAUCACAGCCAGUUGCACUCAAAGCUGUCAGCACCGUACGCGUCGGACGUCACCACAGCCCUCUGGGCACCACGCCCCCGCUGCAUUCCACGCUGUGUACACCGUCCGCGUCCGACGUCACCACAGCUCGCUGUACUACACGCAGUCAGCACCGUCCGUGUCCAACGUCACCACAGCAUGCUGUACUAUGUGCUUUCAGUGCCGUCUGUGUCCGACGUCACCACAGCCCGCUGGACUCCACACUGUUAGCACCGUCUGCGUCCGACGUCACCAGAGCUCGCUGCACUCCACGCAGUCAGCGACGUCCGUGUCCAACGUCACCGCAGCCCGCUGCAUUCCACGCUGUGUGCACCGUCCGCGUCCGACGUCACCACAGGUCGCUGUACUACACGCAGUCAGCACCGUCCGUGUCCGACGUCACCACAGCUUGCUGUACUAUGUGCUUUCAGUGCCGUCUGCGUCUGACGACGCCACAGCCCGCUGGACUCCACACUGUUAGCACCGUCUGUGUCCGACGUCACCACAGCCCGCUGCACUCCACGCUGUCAGGACCGUCCAUGUCCGACAUCACCACAGCCCGCUCCACUCCACACUGUCAGCACCGUCCACGUCCGACGUCACCACAGCCCGCUGCAUUUCACGCUGUCAGCACCGUCCGGGUCCGACGUCACCACAGCCCGCUAUACACCACACUGUUAGCACCGGCCGUGUCCGACUUCACCACAGCCCGCUGGACUCCUCGCUGUCAUCACCGUCCAUGUCCGACAUCACCACAGGCCGCUGCAGUCCACGUCCGACGUCACCACAGCCCGCUGCACUCCACGCUGUCAGCACCGUCAACAACCGACGUGAACACAGCCCGCUUGCUUCCACAUUGUCAGCACCGUUUGCGUCCGACGUCAUCACAAUCUGAUGCACUCCACGCUGUCAGCACCAUCCGUGUCCGACGUCACCACAGCCUACUGCACUCAACGCUCCCGCUGGACUCCACACUGUUAGCACCGUCCGUGUCCGACGUCACCACAGCUUGCUGUACUCCACGCUGUCAGUGCCGUCUGGGUCCGUCGUCACCACAGCCCGCUGCACUCCGCGCUGUUAGCACCACUUGCGUCCGACGUCACCACAGCCCGCUGGACUCCACACUGUCAGCACCGUCCGCGUCCGCCGUAACCACAGCCCGCUGCACUCCACGCUGUCAGGGCCGUACCUCUUUGACGUCACCAGAGCCUGCUGCAGUCCAAGCUGUGUGCACCGUCCGCGUCCGUCGACACCACAGCCCGCUGCACUCCACGCUGUCAGCACAGUCCGCGUCCGAUGUCUCACAGCCCGUUGCACUCCACGCUGUCAGCAUCGUGCAUGUCCGACGUCAACACAGACCGCUGCAAUCCACGCUGUCAGGACCGUCCGCGUCCGACGUCACCACAGCCAGCAGCACUACACGCUGUGAGCACCGUCAGUGUCCAACGUCACCACGGACCGCUGCACUGCACGCUGCCAGCGCCUUCCGUAUCCGACGUCACCACAGCCCGCUGGACUCCAGGCAGUCAGCACCGUACAGGUCUCACAUCACCACAGCCCGCUGCACUACUUGCUGUCAGCACCGUCUGCGUCCGACGUCACCACAGCCCGCUGGUCUCUACGCUGUCAGCACCGCCCGGGUCUGA